AUGGCGCUUGGAGGACCAAAGCCUCCGUCUGUAUUGCGCGGGCGUCGCUCACCAAGCUCCGAGAACGCCGUCAACCAUCAUCUAGAUCGUGUCGUCCAGCGUCGUAAUCUCGACAUGGCGGUAUCCUUCGAUCGUGAAUGA